GAGAGACAGAGUGUGUUUGAGUGAGAGCGAGCAUAUAGUGAUAUAGAAAAAGGCUUGAAAACACUGACAGCCAACAAGUUCCUCUGGGAUCAUGGGCCAUUUUGUUAAACUCUACAUGGUGCUUUUGCUGUUGAUCUUUUUUACAGAUGACCUCCAGGCUAAAUACAUCAGAGGGACAAAGGGGAAGAAUGUCACUAUUCCAUUUACAUUACAGCUCAACAACAGUUUGACUUUGAAAUAUGUCAGUCUUUAUAAGGAUCGAUCAAAGAUAGAAGAGUCUAAUAAAGAAGCACAGGAUACUCGUCGCAGCUUCAGUCUGACUUCCCAUGAGGCCAUUCUCUAUAUUUCCAACCUAAGUACUACUGAUGAAGGAAAGUACUAUGUCUCUCUGUACUACAAUGAACUCACAGGGAAGGUUAUUGAGAGCAAUACAACAUUUCUUCAAAUCGCCAUGGAAGAGCACACUACAGUGUCUACACCCACCUCUAAUCAAACAUGGAGUGUCACUUCCACUACCUCUCCACAUGGAUCCUUUGUCUACAUUCCCAUCAUCGCUGGGAUUGUUGUCUGCAUUAUGAUACUGUUCACCUUGUUGCUAGGAUGGCAGUAUUUGACUUAUAAUAAAAGCAGAGAUUGCCAGCACUCACACCAAGAACAAAGUCCGCAGGGUUCCAGCCCAAAGUGUGAGGUGAAGCGGGAAGCGUCCAGCUCUGUAGAAUACAAUGUUCUGGAUUUCCCCAGAAGGCCUCGGGGGAAGGAGGGAGACAGGAGGUCCUUCCCACCACCACAGCCCCAGGAAAGCGUGGAGUACUCCUCAAUCACCUUCUUUCAUGGCCCACAUGGAGCAGGGGGUGCUGUGUCUCCACCAAGGGGGCAGUAGCACAGGCCCCUGACAUUGGAAACUGCCGUAGAAUGAUGUCCACAGAGCUGGACCUAACACUGAGGAGCCAAACACUAACACCACGCACAGCGCAGGGCACUUACCUCCAUUGGGGUCCCUGCAUGGCUGUCACCCCCAUGUAUCUCUGUAUAAGGUCACUUAUGCAACACUGGAGCUCAACCCUAUCCAACAUCAGAGUAACAUUCCAUUUAUACUGUACAGCUGGUCCAACAGUUCUUUUCAGAUGAUCCAGCUCCUUAUAUGGACAAAUUGUACAAGCAAAAAAGGCUUCCUUGGCUCAGAGAAGCCAUGCGGACUCAGACCAUGGCUUUUUGAAGUGUGUCUUCAUUUUUUCCCCACCCAACUUUUGACACAUUGUUAUAAGUGUAAUUGAACACUGGCAGGGUGGACAAGAGACACAGCAAUUUACACUCUCAGCAUGCUGGCACGUAGGUGAGAGGUUGCAUUCUGUGAUUAUGAGUGCUCACAUGAAUGUACGGCCACCAAGAGCAGCAAAACACAAACUGUUGCUUACAGUAAAACGCUGAAUGUUACAACCAAAUGUAGGUAAACAGUGUAACAAAUGAAUCUGUUUCCACAUUGUUAUAGUACCCUCUUGUGUAAAGAGAAUGUAUUACUACCUUGACUAUAUACAGCCAGUCAUAGCCUAAUAGCAGUCCUAUAACAGAUGUUAUGAUAAUAAUCACCAUCAUUUAUUAAGUCAAGGCAGUAAUAAAUUAACAGGGAGUUAUGCAAAUGUAUCACUGUGUUAAUAAGGAUUACUUUCACAGUUUUUGUUUUAUCAAAAUUAUUUAUUCAAACGAGUACAAAUGAUGUUUUACUUAUGUCACUGAAUAAAGUUUGCUUCUUUACUGGA